AUGAAUGCAAUGAACUGGUACCCUCCCCGCCCCACCCCCAGCCACCUCACAAAGGAGCAGCUGUUUUCUCAUACCUCUGCUUUGGGGACAAACAAUGCGGUGGUGGAGACGGUGGAGGAGACCACGGAGCCUGCGGAGGUGGACAUCACGGGGCUGUGCCUGGACAUGUUCUCCAAAAUGGCCACGUACCUGAUGGGCGAGCUCACAGCUACCAGUGAAGACUAUAAACUUCUGGAAAAUAUGAAAAAACUGACUAGCAUGAAGUAUCUAGAAAUGAAAGAUACUGCAGUAAACAUAAGUAGAAACCUAAAGGACUUAAACCAGAAAUAUGCAGCACUUCAGCCUUAUCUGGAUCAGAUCACUCUAAUUGAGGAGCAAGUAGCAGCUCUUGAGCAGGCAGCUUACAAAUUGGAUGCAUAUUCAAAGAAACUAGAAGCAAAGUACAAGAAGUUAGAGAAGCGAUGA